UAACCUAAUUUUUAACUGCCUAUAUUGGUCUACUAGAAUAUGAAUAUAAUUUGGCAUUGUAGAGAAAAAUGGAAAAUUUAAGUGUAUUCUUUAGAAACCAUAUUAUUUCAGGGAAAACUGAUCAUUUUGAUGAGUAUGUUACGUUUAAAAAAUUUUUCCUAGCAAAUUCGGGGACCUUUUAUACAUGGCUCGAUAGAAUUUUUACAAAUAAAACGUUAAAAAACAACAUUAGAGCGAACGAACUAAGAAAGACAGGAAAUGAAUAUUAUAUUAAAAAGGAUUAUGAAAACAGCUUAUUAUUUUACACAUACAGUUUAUGCUUUGCAGAACCUAAAUCAGAAUCAUAUGCACUUAGCUAUUCUAAUAAGUCAGCAGUUUUAUUUGAAAUAGAAGACUUUGAACAAUGUUUAGAGAGCAUCAAUAUUUGCCUAUCUUAUAAAUGCUCUGAUAGUAUAAAACUGAAACUUCUUAUCAGAAAAGCAGAAUGUUACCGUAAUUUAAAUAGGCAGAAGGAAUUCGACAAUGCCGUAAAUGCGUGUGAGGAGUUAAUUAGAUUUCUACAUUUAAAAGAAUUUGAGCGAGAAAAAUAUUUAAACAAACUAAAGGUUGUAAGUAAAAAUUUAAAAACUUCAAAUCAAAGUCCAUCAGUUCCCUUACCCAUUUUAAAAGAUGAUGCAAGUGAUUUAUAUUUAUAUGCGUCAUCCGUACUUAAAAUUAGAGAAACAAAAGAACGAGGUCGUCACGUUAUUACUGAGAAAAAGUUGAAUGUCGGCGAUGUGCUGUUUAUUGAGAAAGCGUUUUCAUUUGCUCCUAUUUUACUUGAUGAGAGUGACACCGAGAUUAAAUUAAGUAAAUGUUUUUAUUGCCUUUCAGACGCAUUAAAGGUUUGUAUACCAUGUUUGUCCUGUACUAAGGUCAUUUAUUGUAAUAAAAAGUGCCGCUCUGAGUCAUGGAAAGAAUGCCAUCAGUGGGAAUGUUUAGGGAUGCAAACAAAUUUUUGGCAAGAAAUUGGUGUAGGGUUUCCUGCCUUUCGUGCAUUUCUAAAAGGACUGUCAUCUCAUUUUGAAAGACUACCUUCUAAUUACGACUUUGAGAUGUGUCCUUUUGGCGAUGAAACUAAUAAUUAUCGUUUUUUUAAUGCACUAGUUACUAAUUUCUGUCACAUGGAAAACAUCACAAAAAUACUAAUUAUUGCAACAGCAAUAGUUUGUUAUCUCGAAAAAUAUACGGAUUUUUACGUUUUCAACUAUUCAAAACUAAAUUACGAGAAAAAAGAAGAUCUUGUUAUUGAAAGUGGGGCUCAUCUUUGUAAACAUAUAGCACAAUUUAUUUGCAAUGCAAAUGUAAUACAUCACUUGAGUAGUAACUUUUUAAACAAUCCAGAAAUGCCUUUUAAUGUAAUUCCAGUUGCAUGUGGUAUUUUUCCUUCAAUAAGUAUUAUGAAUCACUCUUGCAAACCUAAUAUAAGCUUAUAUUUUGAGAAAGAUGUUGCCAUUGUGAAAGCGGUUGAAACUGUAGAAGCAGGAGGAGAAAUUUUUAAUUGUUACGGUGCAAAUUAUCUUUUUUACAAUAAAUUAGAAAGACAAGAAAAAUGCGAAGGAGUUUAUCAUUUUACAUGUGACUGUAUUAUCUGCAGUAAUCCUCAUUUGGAAAUUGAGAAUUAUGAUACUUUUUCUUGUAAAAAUUGUGGAGGACAACUUCUGAAAACUUCACCCGAUUAUAAUUUUAAAUGUGUAAAUUGUUCACAAGCUUCGAAACUAGUCCACGUAGGUGAAAUUGAAGAAAAAGUAUCAGAACUAUAUUCCAAACCCAAUCCAAGUGAAAAAUAUCUUUUGGCGUGUUUAAAAAGACUUAAUGAUGACCUUUAUCCUAAACAUUCCUGUUUCGUUCAUAUUUACGCAAUAUUAACGGAAUAUUAUACCGAGAAAGGUGACAUUAAAGAAUUAUUUAAGUACUCGAAAUUAUUAUGUGAUACAGAAAAAUCUCGUUUAGGUGAUUACAAUAUGCAAGUUGGUAUCAAAUUGAAAACCUUGAUAAAAUGCAUUCAUUCUUGUUUGGAAAAGAAAGAAUUUGGUGAUAUACAACAAUACAGGAAGGAAAUUGAAGAUCUCUCUCAAAUGGUUGAUGACAUGAAAAAGAUUUUAGGUUUAUAUUUUCAUCUAGGAAACCAUCAUUUUGAAAAAAUAGAAUUUGCAGUAGGUGCACUUAGAUUUGUACUGCAGAUAUCUUUAAAAAACCAAUAAAAAUUCUUAAAAAAAAUAAAACUGUCUC